AUGGCGUUCCCUGCUCCCAACACGGGGGGGCGUCGGUGCUCCAACACCGCGCUGGCCUUCACGCGACAACAAAUGAUCGACAUGGGCCUCGUGCCGCCGGAGGGGGCCGAGCAGGAGGCACAAAACCUGCUACUAUCGCGCCCCUACUCCACGGAGGAGGAGGAGGAGGAGGAGGAGGAGGAGGGCGCAGGAGGUCAUCCGGCGGCAAUGGCCGAUGACGCCGAGGAGCCGGCGGAGGCUGUAGGCCUGAUCGGGCACUUCGAGGCCUCGCGCCUCUUGGCGCAAAAGGGCAAGGAGGGGACCUUCGUGGGAUCGUUGGACAUGAGCAUGACGGAGCGGGAGCUCGUCUCGACGGAGGAGGGUGUCGCCCUGCCGCCUUCUCCCGCCGCCGCCGACGGCGACGGCGACGCCGAGUCGAAUCUCGUGGCUUCCUGGGACGAGCUCGCCGUGGUGCUCAAGAAGGCGAAGAAGGGGCAGUACGGCUGCUGGGAGCUGUACGCAGACGGAAACACGCCUUGCAAGGUGUCGGACAUAAGCGAAAGCACCAGCCGCCCCGCCAUGCUCUGCGCGCCCCUCCGAUCUGCGGGGGCCCCCACGAUGGUACUGGGGGGGUUCGCGAUGCACAGGAUAAGCGGGGGUGACCAGAAGUCGACCAUGGAGCCAGGCCUAGACACUGAACACAAAGUCUCGGCGUCAGGCGCGCGGCGAACGAACGGCAGGGUCCUCGACACGUGCACCGGCCUUGGUUACACCGCCAUCGCGGCGGCGCGGUGCAGGGGGGUCAGCGGCGUGGUGACGGUAGAGCUGGACGAGGUAUCCCUGAGGAUGUGCAGGCGCAACCCGUGGAGCCAGGAGAUGUUCCGGAACGAGAAGAUCACCAGCCUCCUCGGGGACUGCUGCGAGCUCGUCAAAGAUUUCGAUGACGGCGAGUUCGCGGCCAUCAUCCACGACCCGCCGGCCCGCGCCCUCUGCAAGACCACGGACAUGUAUGGAGCCGCUUUCUACAAGGACCUCGCGAGGGUGCUCAAGCCGGGUGGCACCUUGUUCCACUACAUCGGGAACCCGGAGAGCAACGAGGGCGGACGAUUGUUCCGAGGGGUGAUCGAUCGGCUGAUCGGCGCCGGCUUCCACGACUGCAAGACCGACAAGAAGGCUUUCGGGGUGGUGGCGCGUCGCUGAUUCUACGAUAGGAUCUACGAUUGGAUGGCAUGACAGCCCUUUUUAUGGAACGUCUGCGAGAGCCCCCCCUCCCCCCCUCGCCCACCCCCCCCCUCUGUCUCUCUCCCCGCGCCUGCCAGCAAUCGUCCUUAGACAGAUUCGUGUUGCUGGUGUAGCCAUGAACAGAGAAACAGUGUGUUUAAAAAAGGGGUGCUGUUGUGUAGGCGUCCUUGGCUAGCCUACCAGCGUCAUGAGUCUCCAUCGCAAGCGUCUGACUUCCGUCUCGCCCGGCGCAGUUCUCUCUGUGGCGCAUUUUCUAUCUCGGAAGAAGUGGAAGGAGUUCGCCAGCAUCGUAUGUCUUGUGGGCGUGGGCUUCGCACCUGGUGUCAUACCGACAUGGUAUCAUGAGGUCGACUUGGACGUUGCCACCACGAACGAAAGCGCCAGUUUAGUUUGCCCCUCUCGAAAGGAAGGGGACGUACGUCGUUUUUGUAUGCGUGCUCGCCGGAAAACACGAGCCAAAUACACACCGAAUGCCCGGUCCUCGUUGCGGUUUGUACUUCCAUCGCAAGGGAAGAAUUGGUCAGGUUGUCCAAGGUCGUUUGAUGCCGGUACAGAGUCGACACGAGACCAAACGUUAACGUUGCGACAAAAACACGUCGUCUUCCUCACGCUCACUCACACAUGUAGGAGGGGGUUCGUCUCUCAUGGUGAUGGCCUUGAUCACCUAUGACUGAGUAGAUACUUCCCUUUAGCUUUUUCGUUCAAAUCUUGACACAUGCUUCAAAACUCGUCGUGCCAACUCACGGUGCGAGUCUAUAGCCCUCGCCAUGAUCGAUCCAAACGAUAACGUUUCGCAUGCUCCCUCGUGGGUUGCAACUCAGUCCGUUUCCCAUUCCUUUCGGAUUUUUCUGACGGGCGGGGUAUGCUGUGCCUAUUUCGUUUUUCUCGUUCCAUCUGUUCUGAGCGCCAAGUUUAUGCCUUGCAGUACGCUUGAUACCAUGGCCGGCUUGGUCGUGAUUUUACAGCUUUAUCUGGUGUUCUCCGGCACAGCCCCGGUGGUUGUUACUUCAUUAUGGUGCCGGUCGCCAAAUACAUUCAUGGACGAUUUGGUGGGCACGCAAAAAAAAAGGCCAAAACACACAACAUGCAAUUCCAACUCGCUGGCAUCUGCUGCAGCACACACAGCAGCGUGCAAACCACACAAUCUUUGCUCUCACGCCGAAACCUCAAGGCACGAUUCUGGAAGUUGUCCCAAGCCCUUUGGGCCAUGCCCACAUCGGAAGACCUUUCUUGCCUCUACUGAAUUCCCCCUCUAUCAAGAGACGAGCGAAUCCGGUUGUCACAACCUAACCC